GGUCAUUCUAGCUCCAUGUCCACUCGGUCACUUGCCUUCUCCGAAUCUGCACUUCCUUUCUGGGAAGUGCACCCCGGUGACCCUACCCAGUGUGGGGACACAGCAGGGGUGUUCAGCACAGCUCCAGUGAGCUUCCAGGAGCCCCCUCUGGGUUAGUGGAUGUCUGCAGGGGAGGCUGUUCUUGUGCGGAAAUGUCCUUGUCCUUCGAGUGUCUGUGAUCAGAGCCUAAGGAAAAUAACUGCGAUGGCUUUGAUGGCCUUAGGAAUGUUGGGGUGAGCAGAGAGCCCUGUUUUGGGGAAGGGAGCCCUAGUCCUGCAUAGCUGGUCCUGCCUUGGCUUGUUAUCCAGUGCCCAUCCCCCACCUGCUGUUUGUUUGCUUGGUAAACCUUUUUUUCAGAGCUGGUACAGAGAUAAAUUUUCAACUCAGGCCCGGCUGGAAGUAAGGCCUUAGCCACCCACAGUCUUGGGCCUGCCUUUGCCUGCCAGGAGGGGACCUAGAACAAGUUCCCAGACUUAAGAAGCAGGCUCCCCAGCCUUCACCCUGCGGGUACAACUCAAGAGAGCGGCAUGCGGCACCCCCUGGCUGGCCCACCGUCUUCUGACCUGCUGUUGACCACCCCCAGGAGGCCCUGACGCCCUGGGGCACUUCCGCUCUGCACAGGACCACGCUGGGGUUUGCCAUGGUGACAUAAAGGGGUAUAGAGGAAGGAAGGAGCAAGACCAGCCUGUAGACUGUGCCCCUGGCUGGGAGACAGGGCCAGGGGCCCCCAUCCUUCUCUCCGCUGCCCUUUGAACGUCUUACUUCUAAGUGUCUGAAUUUCUCGGUCAGUGGACAGCUCUUGGGCCUCCUGUGUGAGGCCUUGCGGGGGCCAGGCCAGGCUGGGCCUCUGCGGGUUGAGGUCUUGGGGGCCAGGAUGCCUGCCCUGGCGUGCCUCCGAAGGCUGUGUCGGCACAUGUCCCCACAGGCUGUCCUUUUCCUGCUGUUUGCCUUCUGCCUGUUCAGCGUCUUUGUCUCUGCCUACUACCUAUACGGUUGGAAGCGGAGCCUUGAGCCCUCGGCAGAUGCCUCGGAGUCUGACUGUGGGGACCCUCCACCCGUGGCCCCCAGCCGUCUCCUGCCCAUCAAGCCUGUGCAGGCGGUUGCCCCUUCCCGAACAGACCCCCUGGUGCUGGUCUUUGUGGAGAGCCUCUAUUCGCAGCUGGGCCAGGAGGUAGUGGCAAUCCUGGAAUCUAGCCGCUUCAAGUACCGAACAGAGAUUGCCCCCGGAAAGGGGGACAUGCCCACACUCACUGACAAGGGCCGUGGCCGCUUUGCCCUCAUCAUCUAUGAGAACAUCCUCAAGUAUGUCAACCUGGAUGCCUGGAACCGGGAGCUGCUGGACAAGUACUGUGUGGCCUACGGCGUGGGCAUCAUUGGCUUCUUCAAGGCCAAUGAGAACAGCCUGCUGAGUGCACAGCUCAAAGGCUUCCCUCUUUUCCUGCAUUCGAACCUGGGCCUGAAGGACUGCAGCAUCAACCCCAAGUCCCCACUGCUCUAUGUGACGCGGCCCAGUGAGGUGGAGAAAGGCGUGCUGCCCGGAGAGGACUGGACGGUCUUCCAGUCCAACCACUCUACCUAUGAGCCAGUGCUGCUGGCCAAGACGCGCUCCUCCGAGUCCAUCCCGCACCUGGGUGCAGAUGCGGGCCUGCAUGCCGCCCUGCAUGCUACCGUGGUGCAGGACCUGGGCCUCCACGACGGCAUCCAGCGUGUGCUGUUUGGCAACAACCUCAACUUUUGGCUGCAUAAGCUGGUCUUCGUGGAUGCUGUGUCCUUCCUCACAGGGAAGCGCCUCUCACUGCCUUUGGACCGAUACAUCCUGGUGGAUAUCGAUGACAUCUUUGUGGGCAAGGAGGGCACACGCAUGAAGGUGGAGGAUGUGAAGGCCCUGUUUGAUACACAGAAUGAACUUCGCACACACAUCCCAAACUUCACCUUCAACCUGGGCUACUCAGGGAAAUUCUUCCACACAGGUACCGACGCUGAGGAUGCUGGGGAUGACCUGCUGCUGUCCUACGUGAAGGAGUUCUGGUGGUUCCCCCACAUGUGGAGCCACAUGCAGCCCCACCUCUUCCACAACCAGUCUGUGCUGGCUGAGCAGAUGGCCCUGAACAAGAAGUUCGCUGUCGAGCACGGCAUUCCCACAGACAUGGGGUACGCAGUGGCGCCCCACCACUCUGGUGUGUACCCUGUGCAUGUGCAGCUGUACGAGGCCUGGAAGCAGGUGUGGAACAUCCGUGUGACCAGCACAGAGGAGUACCCCCAUCUGAAGCCUGCCCGCUACCGCCGUGGCUUCAUCCACAACGGCAUUAUGGUCCUCCCUCGGCAGACCUGUGGCCUCUUCACACACACCAUCUUCUACAACGAAUACCCUGGAGGCUCCAGUGAGCUGGACAAGAUCAUCAAUGGGGGAGAGCUCUUCCUCACCGUGCUCCUCAAUCCUAUCAGCAUCUUCAUGACGCACUUGUCCAACUAUGGAAAUGACCGCCUGGGGCUGUACACCUUCAAGCACCUGGUGCGCUUUCUGCACUCUUGGACCAACCUGAGGCUGCAGACACUGCCUCCUGUGCAGUUGGCCCAGAAGUACUUCCAGAUCUUCUCUGAGGAGAAGGACCCACUUUGGCAGGAUCCUUGUGAGGACAAACGCCACAAAGACAUCUGGUCUAAGGAGAAGACAUGUGACCGCUUUCCAAAGCUUCUCAUCAUUGGCCCCCAGAAAACAGGCACCACGGCCCUCUACCUGUUCCUGGGCAUGCACCCGGACCUCAGCAGCAACUACCCCAGCUCCGAGACCUUUGAGGAGAUCCAGUUUUUUAAUGGUCACAACUAUCACAAAGGCAUCGACUGGUACAUGGAGUUCUUCCCUAUUCCCUCCAACACCACCUCUGACUUCUACUUUGAGAAAAGUGCCAACUACUUUGAUUCAGAAGUGGCACCGCGGCGGGCAGCUACCCUGUUGCCCAAGGCCAAGAUCCUCACCAUCCUCAUCAAUCCAGCCGACCGAGCGUACUCCUGGUACCAGCACCAGCGAGCCCACGAUGACCCAGUGGCCCUAAAGUACACCUUCCAUGAGGUGAUCACAGCUGGCCCUGAUGCGUCCUCGAAGCUGCGUGCCCUGCAGAACCGUUGCCUGGUCCCUGGCUGGUACGCCACUCAUAUUGAACGCUGGCUCAGCGCCUUCCAUGCCAACCAGAUCCUGGUCUUGGAUGGCAAACUGCUGCGAACAGAACCUGCCAAAGUGAUGGACACGGUGCAGAAAUUCCUCGGGGUGACCAGCACUGUUGACUACCACAAAACCUUGGCGUUUGACCCAAAGAAAGGAUUUUGGUGCCAACUGCUUGAAGGCGGAAAAACCAAGUGUCUGGGCAAAAGCAAGGGACGGAAAUACCCAGAGAUGGACUUGGAUUCCCGAGCCUUCCUAAAGGAUUACUACCGGGACCACAACAUCGAGCUCUCGAAGCUGCUGUAUAAGAUGGGCCAGACACUGCCCACCUGGCUGCGGGAGGACCUCCAGAACACCAGGUAGCCUCGGCCACCACAGCCAGACAGAACGCUUGUGUUAGCAGGGGUGUCCUGCCUCACACUGAGCCAGACUGACCUGCCGAGAAGGGUGCUGGGCCCGGCCAGCCAAAAGCAACGAGCAAUACUCUGCGAAGGCCCGUGGGGCCGGAAGCCCAGGCAGGUCUGCAAGCGCCUCAGAGCAUCCGCCGCUGGAUGUGUGGCCUAUGGGGCCUCUCUGAUACCGGAGGUCCGUUCCGUUCGCAGCUUCCCUGCCUGGGGAGACCACUUCCUGUUGGUGGAGGGUCAUUCCCCGGUGGGAGGAGUCCUGGAGACUCUCUGUCCCUCACUGUGUUCUGCCCACUCCUGCCCUUCCCUCUGUCACACCGCUGCCCCCUGCUCCAGCAGGGCGUCCCCUCAGUAUUAGCUGCCAUAUUUCCCUGUCCUCCAGACAGUAAGGGAGAAGAGUGCAGCUGGGCCUUUUCGCCCAACUAGGGAGAAAGACUGGGCAUGUCCGUGAGGGUUUUGAGCUGGGCUCUGCCAGGGUUUAGCUGGGCACCCGGAUGCACUCAUUGGAUUGGAUGUGAGGGAGGCCAUCUGGAGAGAACUUAGGACCUCUGUAUUUGGGUUAAUAUUAUCACAUCUCAUCUCUCCUUUGGGGGAGAGACUCUCUGGUCCCUAUAGUAACCACCUAGUGCUCAUGGUCUCUUGUAGGCCCUGGGCCACUGCCAUGCCACUGGGCCUAGAGAUAUGGGCCUCAGGCCUGUCCUAUUCACCUGGAUGUGACUGUGGUGUUUCCUGUGGUAACGGCUGAGGCGAGUCAGGAGUCGGCCGGGGUCCAUGCUCCGUGUACAUACAUCGUUUUGCAGCCACCGCCUCGGCCCAGCAGACAUGGCAGAGUUAGCAAGACUGCUGUCCACUGCUUUGCCCAGCAACCUGUGGCCGAGGGUCCCCAGAGACCCCUUAACCUCCCAAAUACUAAGAAGCUAAAGUAUUUUAAUAUUUUGUGUUUUUUUUCUUGGUGCCAGAGUUUAUACCCUGGGUGCUGGGGUCGCACUGUGUUUUAUAUAUAUAUAUAUAUAAUGUGUAUAUAUAUAUUAUAUUUUUUUUGGUUGGGUUUGUUUUUAAUUCAGUCAUACACAAUGGUGGCAAGCCCUAACCUCAAAGGGUGUCAUAUCUUAAUGCUAGAGAAUGAGUUGGGAGGAAAGGCAAGUGUUUCCGGUAAGAGUCUAGGCCUCAGGGAGCUGGCUUGUCCCACAGAGGGAACAGAGACGGUAAGAUGGGAAGGAAGACCAACUCUCUCCAGGAAGUCUGGGUUUACAAGCCUAGUGGCCCUGGGGUGUUUGGGCCACAGGGAAAAGCUGGGCUGGGGUGGGAGACGCCUGGGCUGCCCUCCCCCGUCACAUGGUGCUAGGUUGGGAGCUGCCUUGGAGUGGGGCGCCCACAGGGACCCACAGAACUGUCUCCAGUCCCUGCAGACACAGGGUCUCUGGCUGUUUUCUGCUUGGUUUCUGUUCCUGCCCCCCAUUCUUUCCACAAUGUGAAGUGACCGAGGUUGGGUUGCCCUUCUCUGCCUCGCCCCCCAACUGCCAAUUCAGUGUCCACCAGGCGUCCAGGACAUUCUGGCAUUCUGGGCUUGGAAGGGUCCCAAGAUGGGCACCAAGUGGGUCCAGGAAUGGGAGGUGGCCUUGGUCAGUGUCACCGAGCCAAUUGGAAACAGUACCGAGAGCUAAGUUCAGGCCCCUGAUCCUGAACCCUGUGCUCUUCCAGUACCACACUGCCUCGGAGCCCGUCCUCGGGACCCCCCAGUGUUUCAGGUUCCUGUCUUUCCCUCAGUCACAGCUGUGGUCAUUCCAGGACACGGGGACAAACCACUCUUUCCCAGCCAGGUGCCUUUGAGCCUUCCCCUCCCGAGACCCGCACGCCGCUUUCCCUGCUGUGUCCUCUUGCUUCAUCCUGGUGGCCAGGGCUGUCUUCAUGCUGAGCUGGCCUCUCCUCGAGUUGUCCACUGUGGCGGAGAGUGUUGGGUGCUCAGGGGCCCUGCAUGCGUGGUUUCGGUGUGCAGAGCCAUGUCGUGUCAUGUUUCUCAUUGGGGUCUUGGAGCCUGUGGAGUACCUGAGGACAGGGUGGGUUGGGUAUGCUCAAACGUCUUGCCAGCAAGCUGGAGCCAGACUCAGAGUUGGUCAGAGUGUGUCCUUCGCCUCACUUCCCACCUGUCAUGAGGGUGGCUCUUGUAUUCUGAAAGUUGCUUCCUCUAUGAGACCCUGUGAGAGCUGAGUUAGGGGGGUUGGAGUGGCCCCUGUAUAGCAUGCAGCUCCGUUAGCCUCUGCCUCUGGCCUCGGGUGGAAGUAGGCAGGUUAGAGACCCUAGCAGACAGGAGAUACUCUGGGGUCUGUUUCCUUCUAAGACCCCGGGGGCUGCCAUCUGUUCUAAGCCUGUAGGUUAUUGCUGCUACUCUGUCCCUUCUUGCUACUGGACCCAGACUCUGGCCCAGCUUGCAGAUACUGGGUCUUGGAAUGUAGCUAAGUUUGUCCUAGGAUCUCUCAACCAGAAUGACUGGAAGCAUUUGGAAAAUCAAAAGAAGGUUGAGGAAAUUCACUUCAAUUGUUUAGGCCGCUCCCCUGUCCCUUCUGCAGUCUCUACCAGAAGCCUUUGCCUUAUGGGUGCAGAUCAUCUACAACUGUCUCAGUCAUUCCUGGUUCUAGAGCUUUCUAUGGGGCAGGCACCUCUGAGAGCAUGAGGUUAAAACGGACCUUUUCACAGCCUAAUGGAUGAGCAGUGAAUGCUUCUGAGUCUGCUGAUGUCCCACCCUGGAGCCCCAGGGGUAUGUCAGUGGGAAGGGCGGGUUCAGAACCGUCUCACCCAGCGCUGGCCUGUGAGCGCCAGCCGCCCUCCAUCUGGACUGAAGGAGGUCAGCAUCUGCCAGCUUGUCUUCGUUCUCUGUGCGUGGACGUGUUGUAAACCUGUAAGUUGCAGGUAUCACGAGACCGUGGAUCCCUGCUGUUGCCCUGAAAGGUAGCGGCCCUCUGCCAGACCAGCCAGCGCACAGGCGACGCAGCCACUAACAGCUGCUGUCUGGUCUGUACCCAAAGGUCCCCA